AUGGGGGUCCUAGACAGCGAUGACGAACUUUCCAGGCUCGAGGCGCUGGAGAAGCAGGUGAUCACAGACGACACUGCAGAAGAAAAACAGCGGUCGUGCCGCUGCGUUGAGGACCUGCGCGCGGACCUGGAGACGGUUCGGAAGAAAGUCAACACUCGGACCGUGGACGCAUCCACCGUCUCACGUCAAGAUGAACUGUUUGCUGGCCUGCUUCCUUCCGAUGUUAUUAAUGCAAAGAUCCAUCGUCUGCUGCAAGAAAAAGAAUCCAGGGACUCGCGUAUGUUUGCCGCUGCGGAAGAAGUGAGGCGCCUCUGGAAUAUCCUCAACGGGAAAGUCUCCUGGAGCGACUUCCAAAAUGGCCUGCGCCGAAUCGACGAAAUGCGCGUAUUCCUUGAAACGGCCGCUGAGAAGGUGUUUAUUGGUCACAGACAAUUUGUUUUGGACGAGUUAGAUAAAAAGGCUGACGUGGAGGCAGUGAACUGGGGCUUGAGAGCCAAGGCCGACGAAGCAGAAGUGAAAGCUCUUCGCGCGCGGGUAGAAUAUCUAGAACGCAUCCAAGGAGCUCUAUUGCGUGAAGUUGAAUGCAUUCGACCUACGGUCGACUACGUCGCUGCGAACACAGUCCCCGCCGUGUUGAAGAAUACCGCAGUUUGCAAGAUCAUGUGGGACUUGCUCGGCUUGAGCGAUCCUUCCGCAAAGCUGUUGGUCAACCCAUCAGACACGCCGGCGGAGCCUGGAAAUUCUUUGGAAACGCCGCGGGCGCCGCCUCGGCGCGAGGCGGCGGGGCGGGCAGUUCGAGAGGAGCAGAGCUGCGCCAGCGCGUCCGCGGAGGCUAAAGAACCCGAAGGAACGCUCCCUGCGCGCGAGCCCACCACUCCACAGAUCGUCAACACGUCCUCAGGAACGUGCGACAAGCGGCACACUGUCAGUCCUCCUUCAUCUCUUGUCUCUCCGAAUGUCGAUUUGACGCCGCGCCUCGGCGAACCGUGGAGCGCGAGGAGGCGAUGCAGAGCGCCUCCGGCGCCACGGACGCUAGCAGAGCCUCCGCCGCGCGGAAGCCGCGUGGCGAGUUCAGGCCACCCUGCAGAAGUCAGGCAAUGUCAUGCCGACCAAGCAGCAGGGAGUCGCGGGACGAGCGUCGACUCAGAAGAGAACGACGCACCACAGGAAUCUUCGUACGAACCCGGCGCUUGCCGCCGUCGUCGCCCAGCGGGGCGGACACAACGCCAGAGAGCCUACAGUCCUUCUUCCGCUCCUCUCGAGCCAUCAAACCAAAGAGAGAACAAAGCACAGCUCUCGAGUCCUCCGCGAGCAACUCGCGUGGCUGCGAAGAAAGCCGCCGAGCUCAAGACAACAGUCCGCCCGGCAUCCCCCGGUCAGUGGGCAAUGAGGGCGACGCUAAUUGGAAUCACGCGCGAAAGCCGGCGCGCCCGCGAGCAAGUCCUCGCCGCCACUAUUAGGCUAGCGGAGAUUAGCGAGAUGCUGGAGCAAAUGUAUAUUGAGUACUGCCUUGAGCUCGUGGAAGAAAAGUUCAAGGCAGCCGAGGAGAAACUUGGGAUUCUGACUGCCUUCGCUGACAGCGUCAACGCCAAGCGACGAAGCGACGAGGAGAGGCGUCUCGCCAGCCUGGACUGGACUGUGAAAGAAGUCCUGAAGGUGCGUGGACUGCUCAGCGACUGCGGAGUGACAGGGCGACACUCCAUGAGCAUCCAAGCAGUCCUGCGGAGUGGCUGCGUUAGAAGCCAUGCGGCUGCGCAGCCUGAAGUAGAAAAACACGCGAUCCGUUCGGAUAGAUUCACUCUUUUCGGGCGUCUCGCCGGCUGCUGGCCUUCACAGCCGGGCGAAGCUCCCGAUGCGGCGAGACCCACGCCCUGCCUCGCGUCCCCUGGGGCUGUACGUGUGCUUCAGAGGCUGACUUUCUGCAGCUCCUUUCCGCUAAGUCCGCGCGCGUACCACGUCGACCAGGGCGUCAAUGUGAAGGACGUGGCCGGCACGCCGCUGCCCGGUGUUCACAACACGGCGUCGCCGGAUGAUUCGGCGAACGGCGGGGCUCACUCGCCUCAGCCCACUCGAGGGCUCCCUCCUGCGGGCUCGCCGCGGCCGAACGUGGGGAAAUGGCGUCACAGCGGCCGCGGCGAUGACGAUUCAAGCAAAACGUACACCCUAAAGGACGCAUUCCGUGACAUCUUUGCGUGGACGCCCAAAGAGUUCCCGUCACUCGUCGCCGGUAAAAUGUCCACGAAGCUCCAUUCGACGGAUGGCGUUGAAACCAAGACGCUACGUUCGGGUGGGGAGACCCCGUUCACCGUUUCGUCGCCUCCUGAGAUACCCGCGAAGGCAUUCUCCGCCGCAUCAAUAACAAUUCCCCCGAGAGCAGGCGUCUCGAAACUCGCAUCAUGGAGCCCAUCUGAAGCGCUUAGGACGCGCAGCUUGACUCUUCCUGAGAUAACUAACUGCUGCAGAAUGCAUCCGUGA